CAAAAUCAAAAUGUUGUAGCUGAAUUUUUACUUUUUAACUUUCUGUUAUGGGACAAGGAAAGUCAAAGGAACGUUAUCAAAAGGCUGUAAAAAAGCUUAGUAGCUUAGAACUCGAUAAUAUUGGAGCAGUUUUCCAAGAAUUGUCUACCAAGACCGAGGACGGUACGAGAAGAGUAGAGCUAUCACUAUUGACAAGACAGGAUUUUGCUGAACGAUUUCACUUAACUGGAUUUGUAGCAGAGCGACUUUUUCAUGCUUUUGAUAAGACUGAGAAUGGUACUAUAGAUCUAGACGAGUUUGUUGGUGGUAUUGCUCUUUGUCUUCAUGGUUCAGUAAGGGACAAGUGUAGACUUCUAUUCAGAAUCUUUGAUUUGGAUGAAGAUGAUGGAGUCAGCAAGGAUGAAUUAACAGCAGUACUUUUGAGCUCAGUGGAAUCUGCAGAGAAGAUUCUCAGUAAUAUAGAAGAAGACAGAGAGCAAUCUGAUGUCAACAUUCCUGAUGACACUGAUAAGUUGAUUGAGAAUGUCACAAGGGUUGUGCAAGAAGCAUUUGAAAAAUGUGAUGUUGGUAAAACUGGGAAAUUAUCAGCAAAGGAAUUUGAGCAGUGGUUACACAAAAACCCUAAAAUCAUGGAUAAUGUAUUUGGAUGGCAAUGYCCAAAGCCAGAAGAGGGCCAAUGGAUGAAUGAAAUCAUUSAUCCACAGACAGCAAAAAUUGGUGUCCUUGAAUCAACCUCACCAAGAAAUCCUAGUCCAUUUUCAGAAAUCCCUGAAUCAUCCAAAGACUCCCGCAAACUUAGCGAUCUUUUCAACGCCCAACCAAGCGCAAGUGAAGGGCAGUCAUUUUUUGACACUUUAAAUCCAGCUGGUCCUGCACAGACCACAGAAGGAAGUCCAGAAGCUGAAAGUCAACUAGUUGAUACCAGAGAAUCAGAGAGAAGUGAUUUCUUAAGUCAUGAAAUUCUCCAAGAUACUAGUACAUUUCAGGACCAGCCUCUAGUUCCRGAUCAAUUUGCUAACAAAAACAUUCCUUCUGAACCACCACACAAGUCUCUUGAAGACAUAGUUSAAGCACAAACACAGCCGGGGCUUCUUGUUGGUGAGCCUUCAGCACCUCAAACAUAUCAGUUUGUACAGCARCCUUUUCCUACACCUCUGAUAACACAACAUCACUUACAGGACGCUAGUACACCACAGGAACCUUUUCAGCCUACAACUAUUCCWGUCACACCAACACAUCAACAGGCUAUGAAAUUCCAUCCAGAACCCAUUCACACCAGUCAUUCACAUGUUGAAAAACCCAGUAAUCUUUCAGAGACUGAACAUGGUAAAGAAGAAAAUAUACACCCAUCAGUACCAACUGCACCUGAUGUAGAAUUAGAUACCAAACAAAGUGAAGUAGAUAAGUUGACGUCGGCAUGGAUUCCGACCGUGCAAACAUCGCAGCUUCUCACAGCUGUCAGCUCGGGAUUGACAAGCAAAGAGCAAAUUGAUCAGCAUUUCCUUACUUCACCGGAAAUUGCUAUUGAUGAACCUCAGUUUGAUCCAGUAAAAGAUCUGCUGUUUAAAUAUAGUGAAGAACAAGAUGCAGACAAACGUCAAACUCUUAAUGUGGAUAAUGUUCCAUUAAAUGAGUCUGGAUUGAGAGAAUUACUGGCUACAGAAUGCUGGAGAGCUGCAUUAGAGUUUACAGCAAGAUUUCUUACAGCACAUGGYCAGGGUAUUGGACAGCAUGGGCAGAGGGCCAUGCAUACGCACAGGACUCUUCAGGUAUGGUUUUGUAGAAUAGCAUUACUUUACAAGCUACAGAUGUACAGCACUGCCGUGGCCGAGUUGGAAGCAUUUAAAGACUUCAAUCAACCUGACCUGUUUUAUGAAUUUUACCCUGAAACUUACCCUGGCAGAAAAGGAUGUAUGGUUCCCUUUUCUUUGCGAAUUUUACAAGCAGAGCUGCCACAGCACACCGGAAAACCUAAUGAAGCAUUGGAUAGACUGUAUAGUCUACAGAGAAUGUGCAAAACAGUCUUGAAGCAUCUUGAGAAUGGUUUAAACGAAGAUGGAACAGAGUCACCUGAUAGGGCUGUUGAAAGUAGGGAAGCUGCUGUCAAACUUUGGAAAGAACGCAAUUUGCGAGUUAUGUAUGCCAUUGGAAACUGUUUUCUUGCUGCCAAGGACUAUAAUCUAGCUGUUUCUCUAUUUGAGUCAAUAAUCAAAGAAGAUACAACAAAUUCUACGACUUUGUAUUCAGGCAUCGGGCGUAUUUACCUUCAGCUUGGGGAUUUAGAAAGAGCAGAAGCGUAUUUCAAGCGAGUGGAGGAAAGUGUUACGGGUGAUCCUGAAAACAUGACUACAGUGGUUAUGAACAAGGGAUUCAUGUCGCUUGCUAGAGGAUAUUAUGAAGAAGCACACAAACAUUUUGUGGCGGCCACAAAGCUGGAUCCUGAAAAUUCCGUGGCUACCAAUAAUGUUGCUGUUUGCUUACUUUUCCUGGGAAAACUGAAAGAGGCUCUUCAUGUCUUAGAAGCAAUCAUUUGGUCCAAUCCCCCAAAGAACCUGAACGAUGGAUUGUUAUUCAACCUUUGUACGAUCUACGAACUAGAAUCGUCAUGGAGUAUGCAGAAAAAGCACAAAUUAUUGGAACUUGUUUCUCAAUAUAAAGGAGACGGCUUCAAUGUUUCUUGUCUAAAGUUAUCUUGACCAGGUGGUUUAUAGAUUACUGAUGACGUCACUCAAARCGCAGAGCAUCCUGGUUGGUCUAGCUACUCUUGUAAGAUAGACGUUUAGUGAAAACGCCUGCCGACAGCUUUCUAUUUUUAAGAGAAUUAAGAUUACAUGGGAUGAAAUUUUAUUGAACAUUGAUAGUUACGCAUCGGCUAGUUUAACUCGUAAAUCGUAGAUCUUCUUCUUUGUACUUUUCAAAAUCAAUAUGGCGACCAUAUCUCAUAUGCGUCCAAGAAAAAUAAAUCUAGAUAUGUCUUUCAAAAGAUUUAUCAGUCUUUCCUCAUCUUUGAAGUCAUAUUUAAUGUCGAUCGGUCGUUUUGCCACAAUAAUUAAAAUGUCUAGCCUUUCAUGUGUUUGUAUUCCCACGGCGAUAUCGAUUUUUUCACUUUCAAGUGUUAGGUAAAUAAAAUGAAAGAAGUCCGUGA